GGAGAUGCCUAGUUGACGACCGGGAUCGUUACUCCGUUGGCAACGCGUCUCUUCAGUCGGUCCUCGAACGCGACGGGGCGCGCAGCGAUCUGAUGGGAUCGUCGGUUCGUUGACGAUCGCCUUGUGAUGAGGCCAGUGAUACCAUUGAAUUUAUAUGGAAUUUAUUCGUGCUAUUCGUUGCUUCUUGGAUAUUUCGUGGACACUGGUUUUGCUUCUGUGGGGGUUGAGAGAUCUCUGUUAACGUUGAUUAACGAAACGAUGAUCUAGUUAUUGGUAACACUUUCAUAGUAAGAGCUGACCCAGAAGAUCUAUGCACGUACCAUCAGCACAUAUAACGAACUCAAACGAAUUCGUCGACACUUUUCAUUUCCCUCUGCUUCUGACAGACUUUCUGGGUCACCUGUUACUUAAAGAGUCCACCAAAAACUGGAUCAUUGUUCUUUGCCGAUCGCAGGAGCAUUUGUUCCGUUCUCGCCGUGACAUCCGUGACGGUGAAAGUUACGCCCGAAAGAAAGAGCCGGCGACACCGAAAAGAUCUCGACUGAGCGGAACCCGUUAGAUAUCCAACGGUCUCGAUUAUCGCAAUUACCUCGAGUUUUCGUCAAAGAAACCGGUGUCAUCGAAACCGUGGAAUUUCCAGCACGUCAGAGAUGAGGUGCCUUUGGUGGACGGUUCUGAUGGUCGCAGCCGCUUCCGGUUUCCCCUCGCCGGCGUACAACAAGCUGAGAGGCAUCUACUCGUGGAAAGCGCUGGAAUUUGAUUUCCCCAGCGAAUCCGCGAAACUGGCGGCUAUCGAGAGCGGCGAUUACAUACCUGGCGCGUCUCUUCCCAUCGACGUCGACGUGUACAGCGAAGCUGAAGCGUCGAAGGUCUUCGUCACCAUACCGAGGUUUCAGAACGGAGUGCCCGUGACCUUGGGUUACGUGGUUGACCGGGCGUCAACGAACCCGAAUCCGCUGAUCUCGGCCUAUCCGAACUGGGAGUACAACAGCGGGACCAGCUGCGACUCUAUCAUCAGCGUCUACAGGGUGCAGGUGGACGAGUGCGGUCGGUUAUGGGUGCUCGACACCGGAAAGCGAGGCGACAGGUGGAUCUGUCAGCCGCAGUUGCACGUGUUCGAUCUUCGCACGAACGAACUGAUCACCAGGUAUAAAUUCCCGAGGGAUCAGUACAAGGAGGAUUCACUCUUCGUGACGGUGGUCGUCGACAUUCGGGACGCCGGGGAGAAUUGCAAGGAUACUUUCGCUUACAUCGCCGACGUGACAGGCUUCGCGUUGAUCGUCUACGACUACGUCAACGACAGAUCCUGGAGAAUCGUCAAUAAUUUGUUUUACCCGUAUCCGCCGUACGGCACGUUCCACAUCAAGGGUGACACGUUCGAUCUGAUGGAUGGAAUUAUAGCACUUGCCUUGGGCGGCGUUCACAAUGGAGACAGGAUCCUCUAUUUCCAUUCGUUGGCCAGUAGAGUCGAAAGUUUCGUUCCCACUUCUGUGAUCAGGAAUUACACUCUAUUCCGAGAUAACGCCGAAGCCGCGGGUAGGACGUUUGUUCCAUUCGCAACGGAGAGGACCUCGCAGUCUGCGGCGCAGGCUAUGGACCGCAACGGAGUCCUCUUUUUCGGGCUGCUGUCUGAUCUGGCGAUCGGAUGCUGGAACAGCAAGAAAUACUCCGAUUACGGUGGCACUAACAACGAUGUUCUUAUCAUCAAUCCUGACACGUUGCAAUUCCCUUCUGGCUUAAAGAUCGUCACUUCGAGUAAAGGCAGGCAGGAACUAUGGGUGAUGACAGUGUCCUUUCAGAAGUACAUGACUGGCUCACUGAACAGCAAUGAGACGAACUUCCGGAUACAAGCUGGCUUCGUGAACGACCUCGUUCGAGGCUCAAAAUGCGAACCCGUGAAUGGCGGGACUGUGAGAUUCCCGAGUUCGAAAUGGGAAAUGUUCGCAUCGUGGUUGCUGGCGUUCUGCUUCGGCGCGAUCUCCUUGGAGAAUCGGAUGCAAGUUACAUCCCUGGAGCUGCGGAACCACACUCUAAGUGAGGUCCUACAGUGGAAGUAUCUGGAUUUUUACUACAAAAGUGAGGAACACCGCAACACGCUCCUCCAAAACGGCGGUUACAUCCCGAAGAACAAUAUCCCCAUCGAUAUCGACGUGGCGCCCGAUGGCAGAAGAUUUGUGACGGUGAUAAGAGAUAAAGGUGUGCCCUCUUCUUUGAACGUCGUGUCCUCGACAACUGGCGAGGGCGGUCCGCUUCUGAUACCUUACCCCGAUUGGUCGUGGACCAAAACGGAUUGCUCCGGUAUCAUCAGUGUCUACAGAAUCGAAAUUUGCGAGAACACGCUGUAUGUUCUGGACAACGGGCAAAUCGGCUCCGACACGGUCUGUCCCCCCAAGCUUCUCGCUUUUGAUUUGGCAACUGAUAAGUUAAUACAAAGCCUGACGGUCCCAAAGGAAGUGGCGACAAACUCUACGACGGGACAAGGCUUGCUGAUCACGCCGAUCGUCAAACCGUAUGGUCAUCCAGUGCCUUUCGAUGCCAUUUUAGCGGACGUGUCGGGUUACGCGUUGGUGACCUACGGACCUCAGUAUGGCUGGAAUCGAGUAAUAUCGAGGGCUCUCAAUUACGAUCCAUCUAUGGUCAAUUAUACGAUCAAUGGACAAACUUUCCAGCUGGAGGAUGGUCCUCUAGGACUGGCUUUAUCCCACAGAACCGGGAUACUUUAUUUGAGCCCUAUGUCGUCUCGCAAUAUGGUCUCUGUCAACAGUUAUCAGCUCGUCCAUGCGCCAAACGCAAUACAGUUCCAAGUGUACAAAGACAUUCUGCCUACGCAGUCGAGUGCUAAAGCAAUGUCACUGUCGCAGAUUCUCUUCUUCGGGCUCACGAAUAACCAGAUUGCAUGCUGGAACGAAAAUCGACCGAUGACUAAAGAAAAUAUGAUUGUGAUUGCCGAGUCGCCCGAGGUUCUUCAGUUCAGCAGCGGAAUGAAAGUUAAGAACAGGAGAAGGUCUUGGUUUUAUUACGAAGAGGAGUUGUGGGUGAUGACGAACAGAUACCAAAAAGCAGCGACCAAUACUUUAGACACGAGCGAAGUUAAUUUCCGAGUUUUGAAAGGGAGCGUGAGAGAAUUGACGGUGGGCACUGCUUGCGAAGCGUACGAAUAUUAAUCACUUUCAUGCUAUUACAUGUGAACACUUUAAUCUGUAAUAGUUGUUUAGAGAUUGGAAAUAAAUACUGUAGCAAAUUA